AUGUCCUUGUUGCUCUACAUGACUCAAGGCCUUGCAGAGUUCCUCACAAAAGGCCCUAACCACUAUGGAACUGUCCUAGAUACCUGUUAUGUGUGGAAAACCAAAAAAUCAGGGGUCACAAGUAAAUCCCAUCCUAAUGGCACUGGAAUCACUCCACUUGAUGAUACUUCUGCAACAAACUUGCAUGUGCAAAUCCUGGAGGAAUUCCCCUGGUAUGAUGACCUCACAGCCAUCCUAGAGAGGAAUCCAGUGAUCUCCCUCAAGACAGUCUCAUCAGCCCCAGGAAUGGAUCAUGCAGCUAACUAUUUUUUACUUAUACAGGAGAGCACAUCUGUAAAUUCACAGCCAUCUUCAAGUACUCAGUAUGGGGGCUAUGUCCCUAGCACUCAUCCUUCUCCUCUCAGUGUUCAGCCUACUUCCCCCAUGGCUACCUAUAGACCAAUCCCAUCACCCCUCAAUCAAGAUGACAGAAGGAUGGACUAUGGUGAUGACAACAUCAUGAACCUUAAUAGCGCCCCCAGGCAUGAAACUGGGCAUAAAUGCCAACUCCCUCCAUCCUCUCCUUUGCACCCUCCUUGUUCCAGUCUUGUGCUUCCUGAGAAGCCAGAGACAACACUGCACAAUAGUCAUGCUAUCUUCAGUACACCUGACCCUAUGAGACACACAACAUUGAUAUUGAUGUUAAUAUCACCAAUGACACAAUCUGUGGCCCCUGAGAAGGGAAAUGAGAGGCCUUUGGAGAAGACAUAUUCUGAAAUCUUGAGUCAAGUUGGCCUGAUCAAUGAUGAGAUUGAGAACCUUCAGUCAGACAGGCUUGACAAGGCAUCAUGUGAGGAGCUGAAGAAUAACCAUUACAUAGCAAAACUAAAUCUCACAUGA